GAACACUGUUGCGUAAAGUGUCGAUUGCCGAGUCAUCGAUCGGAGUUGUUUAACCAGCAUGCGCGCGACAAGGACAACAUCCGUGACAGCAUGAUAACACACAGUUGAUGGUAGCGAUAACAGACGGCUGGCUGUGUAUCACUUAUCAGCUACUCUCAUCAGUUCGUCACGUUUGUAUUAAAGCUGGGUAAAGCCGAUUAAUAUAGGUAACAGCUAAUAGCUGUUAGUGGAUUUGCUAGCUUCUCUGGAGUAACCUCUGUUAAUGACAAGGUGUCUGCGUCGUUGAGGUGACAGAAGUUGACAUAACAUACGCUGCAGCCAUGGUGUUCAUGCAGGGCUACUGUGAAGUCAAUUCCUCCAUCUCUCGCACCUGGGUGGAUGAAGGCAUCUCCCCCUGCUUCUACUUCACGCUGGUCCCCUCCAUCCUGCUCACCAUCUCCUUCUUCCUCGGCACCGUCCACUUCAUAUUCUACCAGAAGUAUGGCACAGCAAUGGAGCCCAAGUUCAUCCCGCGCUCCCGCCUCUACGGUUUCCAGCUGGCCGUCUCCGUCCUCCUGCUCGUCCAGUCCCUGGGUGGGACGGUGUGGCGGGCUGCCAGCGGAGGAGAGCUCCCGGGUUAUGUGGUGCUGUACGGCUGCUUCUCUGCGCUGGGCUGGGCGUGGACUAUCGCCCUGCUCAGGGUGGAGAGACGUCGGGCCCUGCUGAUGGACCGGACGAGGGGCCACAGCGUGGCCCUGCUGCUGUUCUGGGCCGUGGCGUUCUCAGCGGAGAACUUGGCCUUCGUCUCCUGGUACAGUCCGCACUGGUGGUGGGGCCUGGAGAACAGUCAAAAACAGGUGCAGUUCGCUCUGUGGCUGACGCGCUACAUCGGCACCGGGCUGCUCUUCUUCAUCGGUCUCAAAGCUCCAGGGUUGCCACGAAGGCCAUACAUGCUGCUGAUAAACGAAGACGAGCGGGACGUAGAGAACAGCGGACAGAGCCUUCUGGGCGGAGCAGAAGAGAACCAGUCUACCUGGCAGGGUUUCAGGAAGAAGGUCCGCGUGCUCGUUCCCUACAUGUGGCCCCAGGGCAACGUCUUCCUCCAGCUUCUGGUCAUCUUCUGUUUGACGCUGCUGGGAAUCGAGAGAGCGAUCAACGUCUUUGUACCCAUUUACUACAAGAAUAUUGUGAAUGAACUGACUGAUGGCAGCAGCUGGCGCACUCUGGCUACUACAGUGUGCAUUUAUGUCCUGCUCAAGUUCAUGCAGGGCGGCGGUGCAGGCGCGUCGGGUUUCAUCAGCAACCUGCGCUCUUUCCUGUGGAUCCGGGUGCAGCAGUACACCAACCGCGUGGUUCAGGUGCGUCUGUUCAGCCACUUGCACUCGCUCUCCCUGCGCUGGCACCUGGGCCGCAAAACCGGCGACGUGCUGAGAAGCAUCGACCGCGGCACCUCGUCCAUUAACAGCCUGCUCAGCUACAUAGUGUUUAGCAUCGUCCCAACCAUGGCUGAUAUUGUCAUUUCCAUCAUCUACUUCAUCACCUACUUCAACGCCUGGUUCGGCCUUAUCGUCUUCGUCUGCAUGGCGCUGUACCUCACUCUGACCAUCAUCAUCACCGAAUGGAGAACCAAGUACAGGCGAGACAUGAAUCUGCAGGACAACAACGCCAAGACCAAGGCUGUGGACUCCUUGUUAAACUUUGAGACGGUGAAAUACUACAAUGCAGAGAACUACGAGGUCGGGCGUUUCGAGGACGCCAUCUUGAAAUACCAGGUGUCUGAGUGGAAGACCCAGGCGUCCCUGGCCUUCCUCAACCAAACCCAGAACCUCAUCAUCGGAGCGGGCCUGCUGGCCGGCUCCCUGCUCUGUGCCUACUUUGUGACUGAAGGAAAGUUUCAGGUUGGAGAUUUUGUUCUUUUUGGUACCUACAUCAUCCAAUUGUACACCCCCCUCAACUGGUUUGGUACCUACUACAGAAUGAUCCAGAAUUCUUUCAUUGACAUGGAAAGCAUGUUCAAACUUUUCGAAGAGGACGAAGAGGUGAAAGACGAAGUAAAUGCCGGGAGUCUUCAGUACAAAAAGGGAACGGUGGAGUUUGAGAACGUUUACUUCAGCUACGUCAAUGGCAAGGAGAUUCUCAACGAUGUUUCCUUCACUGUGCUUCCAGGACAGACGUGUGCGCUGGUGGGACCAUCCGGCUCCGGGAAGAGCACCAUCAUGCGACUCCUCUUCCGUUUCUAUGACGUCCAUGGAGGCUGCAUCAGCAUCGACGGGCAGGACAUAUCAAAAGUGAAGCAGAGAUCUCUGCGCGCGCACAUCGGCGUGGUCCCCCAGGACACGGUGCUCUUCAACGACACCAUCCGGGACAACAUCCGGUACGGCCGCAUCUCUGCCAGUGACCAGGAGGUGGAGGAGGCCGCCGCGGCUGCCGAUAUACACGAUAAAAUCAUGACCUUCCCCGACGGUUACGAUACGCAGGUGGGGGAAAGAGGUCUGAAGCUGAGCGGAGGGGAAAAGCAGAGGGUGGCUAUCGCCAGAACAAUCCUCAAAGCACCACAGAUCAUCCUGCUGGAUGAGGCCACAUCUGCACUAGACACGCAGACGGAGCGCAACAUCCAGACCUCACUGGCUAAAGUGUGCAUCAACCGUACAACAGUUGUUGUAGCUCACAGGUUGUCCACUAUAAUCGGAGCGGACCAGAUUCUGGUGAUCAGCGAUGGCCGCAUCGCUGAGCGAGGAAGACACGAGGAACUGCUCGUCAAGGGAGGCUUGUAUGCGGACAUGUGGAUGAGGCAACAGCAGGCCCAGGACUCCGAUUCCUCGUCAGACACGGAAGCCAAAGACCUCAAGUCUGAGAAACUGCAGCCGCCAUCAACCUCCUCAGGUCACCACGGCCACUGAAUGUUGUGGUCUGAAUUUGUUUUUUGUUGGGGUUAGAAGAACUCUACUUUUUACUGAAACUGAAUGUACAACAGCAGGUCAUGGAGGAAAGGGGAGGUGCCUUAACCAAACUGAGGAGGCACAAACAAUGUGGUCGAGUCCAAAUGUACCACAAGAAAUACGUUUUAUAGGUAUUUGUUGUAGUUAUGGCCAAGGUUUAUACAGUUGUGUGAAAAAGUGUUUGCCCCCUUCCUGAUUUCUUAUUUUUUUAAGUGUUUGUCACACUUAAAU